AUGUUUUUGCAGCAACAAAAACCAGUGGAUGUAACGGACGAAGUUCAAACUGUUCUAACAGAAAUUACCGAAGAUGUUUUCUUCAAUUGCAACGUUCGUUACGAGUACACUUCAGUCCCUAUCAUUUCAAUGACGGAACUUUCCCAUGAAAUGUUCCUCCCAUCGGAUAAAAACGAUGCGAUUCUUGAAGUGGAUGGAAUGCAACUUCAUGUGAAUAAAUCAUUCCUCUCAUACCAUUCUGAUUUCUUCUCCACCUUAUUCUCUUCCAAUUUCAAAGAGGGGCAAAUGGAAGUGCACAAUUUAUCCAAAGACUGUGUUUCCAAAUGGCAUCACAAAAGUGUUCCAAAACUUUUGGAACUCGCCGAUCGAUUCAUGAUCCCAUCUGUUAUACACCACGUCGAAUAUCAUCUUCUGCAUUACACAAAAAUUGUAAACGAGAAUUUGAUGUGGAUGGCUGAUAGAUACGGAAUGGAUUUGCUGUUGGAGAAAAUGAUCAAUGAGUUGGAGAAUGUAGCGAGAGCAAGAAAAUUGAAGGCGUCGUCGGAUUACAUGAAGUUGUCUGAUAAGAUAAAGGCGAAGAUUCUGGAUAAGGUUAUGACGAUUAUUUGA